GGGCACCCCCGGGCCCGCCCCUUUCCCCGCCCGCCUCCACUGUGGCGCCAAGCGGCGAAAGGAGAGGGAUCACGGCAGCGGCGGAAUGAGCCGACCUCAGCCCGGCCAGAGCCAGAACGGUUUCAGCAAUGAAGCAUCCUGCAAAAAACGAGAAGAUUAUUUGGAAUGGCCUGAAUAUUUUAUGGCAGUAGCUUUUUUGUCAGCACAAAGAAGCAAGGAUCCAAGCUCUCAGGUUGGUGCCUGCAUUGUAAAUUCAGAAAACAAGAUUGUUGGAAUUGGCUACAAUGGGAUGCCUAAUGGUUGCAGUGAUGACGUACUACCCUGGACAAGAACAGCGGCAAAUAGACUAGACACAAAAUAUCCUUAUGUGUGCCACGCCGAACUGAAUGCCAUCAUGAACAAAAACUCAGCUGAUGUGAAAGGCUGCAGCAUGUAUGUUGCCUUAUUUCCAUGUAAUGAAUGUGCAAAGCUCAUCAUCCAGGCAGGCAUAAAGGAAGUUAUUUUUAUGUCUGACAAGUAUCAUGACACUAUAGAAAUGACAGCUGCACGGCGGAUGUUUGAUUUGGCAGGUAUUAUAUACAGGGAAUUCAAGCCAAAGCGUAACAAGAUCAUCAUCGACUUUGAUUCAAUUAACAGUAGACCAAGUCAAAAGCUUCUGUGAAUUAUGUCUCAUUAAAUCUUUAGAAGAGUAUGAUUAUCCUUUUCUAAAAAGCUGCUAAUGCCUUUCAUCUUGAAGUUACUUGCAACUUUUUAAUGGCUUCUGUAGCUAAAACAGACUUAUAAGAAAUCCAAGGUGUAAAAUGUCCCACUCACUUCAUCUUGUCAUGUGGAAUCUAAAUCUACUCAAAAAAUUUUCAUGCCUCUAUCAAAACAGUUUAAAAAGUGGAGACUCGUUGAUGAGACAAUAUAUUUGAAGAAAACUGCUCUGAUUCUUCUCGUAUUCAUCACCACAUGCUCUGAUGGGCUGUCAGCAUUGAUUUAGGCUCAGUUUAACAGUAGUACGCACCAGCAGUAAAUUGGAAUAUGCUAAUAUAUGUUGAUCUCUCUGUUGGAUAUGUGGAUCUAAACACUUGAUCCUAAUAAGGGACAAAAAAUGUUAUCCAUGCAAAUGUUAAUCUCCCAACUAGCUUAACACUAAUAUUUAAAAGGUUUUACAGCUUUAAGAAUGUGUGGCAUUCUGCAUGUGUUAUCCAACAAAUGAAAUAGUUAUUUUUCUUUUAAUUGCUGUCUAACACUGCUAUACUUGGGGAGGGGUGACAGAGGAAGCUGUUCUGAGAUUUGUCUAUGCCUGAUGGAGCUUUACAGGUGCUUUCAAGUGCUUGUUUUCGCCAGGACUCCAGAACUGGAGGAGAUGAGGGAGUAAAUAAUUUGACUCUUUACCUUUGGGACUUUUACUUGGAGCUUGUUUUCAUGCAUAGAAGGAAAUAAUUUUAUUCGUCUAAAUGGUUUCUAGAUAAUCCAGCAAAGCUCAGUCUUAACUCAACCUGUAAGGUAACUGAAUCAUAUUUUGUCCUUUGAGAGAAAUUGGAGAUAGUCAAUCCAUAUCCAGAUCUGUGCCAAAAGAGGUAAUUAUGGUGUUAGCUUGUUUCCCAGUGCUGACAUAGUGCCUCCAUUUUCAUAAGUGUUGCCUAAAAUAAUACCCUUUUUAAUUUUAUCUUGAGAUCUGGGAAUAGAUUUGAGUUCCUUUUCUCUAAUUUGAGUUUUAAAAAUUAAAUAUGCCUAAUGGUUUUGUUUAGAUAACAUUGGUGGUUGUUUGUUUUGUUGUUGGUUUUAGGUUUUUUAUGUGGUUAUGUUUCAAUGAGCUUCUAUUUUCUCUAUAAAAGCCUUGUUUCAUAUUUUGGGACAUUAUGUAAUUUGGCUUCAUACCAGUAUUAUUAAAGUCUUAUUAAAAUCCA